CAAGAGCACACUGAGCAGCCUGACUCCACCUCUGAGGGCAAAGGAAGCCUCCGGAUUCUCCCUAGACAGAGCUGAGGUGACCGUCAGAGACAAUGAAAACUGCAGUUGUUUUCCUUCUCCUCCUACCAACAGUCUUCUGCCAUCCUGUGAAGAGGUCAGCGAGCAGCUCGGAAAGCUCAGAGGAGCAGGCGAAGCCCGCUCGUUCGCCACUGAAGCCAUUUCAGUCGCAGGUGAAAUUCGCGUUGCCGCAGCUGAAGGCGGCUGCAGGAUUCGCCCAGAAAGCUCCUACACAGAGCAUGACAGCAGAAUCUGAUGAGAGCUCUGACAGCUCGGAUGAAGCGCAGGACACAGAUGAGUCCAGCGAAAGCGACGAGUCCGAGGACGCAGAGACCACCACCACAGUGGCCCCCCCGCCCGAGGAGACCACACUUCCUCCCAUCAUUGACAAUGGUCGAGGGGACAGCUUGGGCUCCCCCAGGGACUACAAGUCCAACAUUUUUGUAGAGAGCAACAAGAUUGAAAAGGGCCCAUCCCCCUACAAGUACUAUGGAGGCAACAAAGUGCAGGACGGUAUAAAUCUGGUGAGCAAGAAGUCAUCUAUCUACGAUGGCAAGGAGGGGAAUGACAUCGAGAAAAGCCUGAAAGUGUACAAGGCUCUUCAGGUAAACGAGGAACCCCUGGACGAGGACACCAGCACCCCUGAGGUGGAGAGCCAGGGCCUGGAUGCCUCCAGCGGGGCGGCAGAAGGAGCGCAGGGCCCGGCACAGGCCCAGGGGGAGGAAAGCACCGAAGAGGCGGAGACUGCCAGUGCCACCAGCGAAAGUGAUAGCGCCAGCGCCGCCGAUGGCUCCGACAGCAGCCAGAGCAGCGAGGAGGCCACGGCCACGCCCGGAGCUGCCGAUGCUGACUCUUCCCAGAGCUCCGAGAGCCAAGAAAGUGAUUCGGCUGAGAUCGAGACCACCACCGAACCGCCCGUAGUAAUCACUGCCAAAUAAUCCACUCAUCCCCCACCCCUGUCUGCCCCAGACGCUGUCGACAGCAGAAAGUGCCACAUGCUCAACAAGAAGCCUGGGGGGUGGGCUCCUGCAUGUCAUCGCCACGGAAAGGCUUCACAUAUCGGGGGGCAGCAGCCCUGAUAGCCCUGUCGUACCCUUUGAUGUGCUGUUGGGUCAUGUUGGACCCUGUUGACUUAGUAGCAGUAAGGAGCAGCACAUUCCCACGCUGGUUCCCCUUUCCCCUUUGGAUCACUGCACAGUGAAUUAUGUUAUGUGGUUACUUUGUUGGAAAUAUUUUA